GACCAUUUAUCUGCAUCUUGCCUCCCCGUCCCCGUGCGCCGGAGACCGGACUACCGGAGGAGCCGGAGCAGCGGCGGCGCCGACCAAAUACCAACGCAGCCUCAGCCUUCGCCUCCACCCUCCCCAACCACCACCGCCCGAUUCGCCGGUGCCCGUCGCCUCCACAGGACCGCGCUCAUCUUGGAGGCUUCGGCGCCGCCGCCAAAAAGCGGCCGCGGCUUCCCGUUUCCGAACACCGCCACUGCCAGCGGGACCUCCGCGGCGGGCCGCCAUGCCGCUGCCGACGAUGGCCCACUCAUCGUCUUUCCUCCUCCCGUCCCCUCCCGCGGACGACGCCGCCGCCGCCGCCACCGCCUACGCCGUCGUCGUCCUCAACCAGCGCCUGCCCCGCUUCGCCCCCCUCAUCUGGGACCGCGCGCAGCUGCGGGUGUGCGCGGACGGGGGCGCCAACCGGGUGUUCGACGGCAUGCCGGAGCUGCUGCCCGGCGAUGACCCGGAAGAGGUCCGCAUGAGGUACAAGCCAGAUGUAAUCAAAGGGGAUAUGGACUCAAUAAGGCCAGAAGUGAAGGAAUACUAUUCCAAUCUGGGCACCGAAAUAGUCGAUAAAUCACAUGAUCAGGACACCACUGACCUGCAUAAAUGUGUAUCAUUUAUCACCAAAAAACCACCUGGAUCUGAAAAGUCUAUGCUGUCUAUUCUUGUUCUAGGUGCACUUGGUGGAAGGUUUGAUCAUGAGAUGGGGAACAUCAACGUAUUAUAUCGCUUCUCAAACGUCAGGAUUAUCCUCCUGUCUGAUGACUGCUCGAUCUUUCUGCUCCCGAAGACACACAGCCACGAGAUUCAUAUCGUGCGAUCGAUCGAGGGUCCUCAUUGUGGGUUGAUUCCAAUGGGUGCACCGUCGGCUAGAACCACCACCACAGGGCUCCGAUGGAAUUUAGUGGGCAAGGAUGUUGAUGGAGUUGAAGAUUCUGUUAUUAUUCGGUCGCUUCAGGCAUUGGCUGUUCCUCUUAUUGGCAAUGCUUGUCAUGUUUUUAUGCAUGGCUUCAACUCUGUUCAGAUUUAUGGUGCAGAGAAACUUCAGCAGGCACUACAAGAGAGACCUAAAGGCAAGCCUCUUUUAACGGUGAGUAAUCAUGUAGCAGCUAUGGAUGACCCCUUUGUAAUUGCCUCAAUUCUCCCACCAUCUGUCAUGUUGGAAGCACAAAAGCUGAGAUGGACACUGUGUGCGACUGAUCGUUGCUUUACAAAUCCAAUCUUGUCUACAUUCUUCAGGUCUGUUAAAGUGCUGCCUGUUUCUCGUGGCGAUGGUAUCUAUCAAAAGGGAAUGGACAUGGCUCUUUCAAAGCUGAAUAGUGGUGGAUGGGUUCAUAUAUUCCCCGAAGGAAGUCGUUCAAAGGAUGGAGGGAAAACCAUUGCUCCUGCCAAGAGAGGUGUUGGAAGAUUGGUAAUGGAUGCUGACAGCCUUCCAGUUGUAAUACCCUUCAUCCAUACUGGAAUGCAGGAUAUAAUGCCUGUUGGAAAACGUAUCCCAAGAGCAGGAAAAAGGGUGAUUGUGGUUGUUGGCGACCCAAUCAACUUUGAUGACCUGAUCAUUCACAACAGCGAUGAAACUCAACACAUAUCUAGAGGUAUUUUGUAUGAUAAAGCGACAGAAAGGAUCGGGCAGCGAUUGCAGAAACUGAAAGCCGAAGUCGACAGAUUGGCAGCAGAGCAGAAAUCUGAACUCCAACAUUAUCAUGCACGUGAUACUAUGAGUUAUGGUACCCAGCUGUGGCAGCAGGUUGACUGGGAAGCAUUCGGCAUUGGGAGUUCUAUGUUGUUGUCACCAGAACCUUCAGACGUGCAAGAGCCACCAAAGCAAGCCAAGCCUGCCUUACUCCUGGAACCUGAGCAAGCCAAGCCUGAACUACACCUGGAACCUGAGCAAGCUAUGCCUGAGCUACAGCUGCAACAAGGCAUUCCUGCAACGCCUCCCAAUGCCGCGAUCAGUUCCAAUUUUAGUGUUCCACUCUGGUUCAGACACCACACAGACCCUUCUGAGCUCGUGGGGUUCGCCGCCCGUGGCAUGCUCAAGAAUGGCAGAUUCAUGGAGGAAGGCUACCGGCAAUGGCAACAACAGGCUACAAUGAACAUGAUUUGUGGAUCUCAGACCAACAGUCCCAAGAGGGCUCAAUGCUUGACUUGAGUUUGUGCCCUCGCCCUUCCUUUUGUACCUUUUGUACAUAGAAUGUUUACUGAAGAUGACACCGAAGACACAAAUGAGGACAGCUUCUGGUUUCUCUCCUGCUGCAUACAGACAUACUACUACAAUUUUGGAACAAGCGAAGUGGACACGCUUUACCUUGUCCUCAAGGGUUCUUAAAUGGCAUAUGCAUAUCGCUCAUCAAGUGUAAGAUGUUAUUUCGAAUUUCAUCAGAAAGAAUUUCAAGUGGACCUUUUUUUUUUGACGAAUCAGGGCACAUCCAACGUGCAUUGAAAUGUAACAAAAUUUUGGGCCUCAGUUUGCAGAAAACGAACUACUCCCAUCGUUUGGCUAACAAAAGAUAUAUUUAUAAA